AUGUCAUUAGACGUUGUAGGAUGGAUGAACCUAGCAUUCAUACUUACGUAUUCAAUGUUUUAUGUACCAGAACGAUUUGCAACACUUGACGGUGCAGAGUGGCCAUUCGGAUAUUUAAUUUCUGCAGCCUGUAUCUUCUCAUCUGCAGGCUUCGUAAACUCGGUGAUCUAUGGCGUAACACGAAAUUUCAUCUCACUCCAACCAAUUACUUCUCGUUUUCAACGUGCAUUUAGAAAAACUCUUGGUACUAGGUGUAUAUCUGAGUCCAUGAUGUCAGAUGGCGAGGAUUCGUUUACAGCGGAGAGUCUGUAUCAACGCACAGAUAAUGGGUUAAGUAUUAAAGUAGAAGAAAUGGACGAGCGAGGGAAGGGGAAACAGCGUGAGACAAUGGCAAACCGAGACAUCGAAAAUGAUGAUAUAGUUGAAGAUGAUUCAAGUACUUAUGAUCAAUACAGUCGGGAAAAAAAGGAACCCGGCAAAGAGGUUAAAGUACAUAACAACAUUAAUAAUGAAUGCGAUAAUGAUGGCGUGUCUAUAGAGCAGUCAAACAAUCGUAGUCGUAUAAUUCCAAGCAUUAUACAAAAUAGUGCUAGUAGUUGGAAGUUCCUUGAACAGUUUGUCGUGAAUUUUGGGAAACGUAAUAGUAGUACACUGAAUGUUGAGGUAUAA